AUUAAACAUAUUUUUUUUUACUUUGCUAAACCGAACUUCAAACUGAACCGAACCAAAAUCAAACAGCAACAUAAAUGAUUUUAGUUCGAUACAAAUUCUCUCAACCCGAAUAAACCAAAACCGAAAACUGAAUCGUAAACUGAAUUGCCCACCCAUAGUUAGGGCUGGACCCGGUUCGGGCCGCCCGGCCCGAGUCCAGCACCCAUAGUUAGAGGGGCUACCACAUUUCAAACAGGUGCCGGCCUAGCCCUUGGAUGUCCAAAACUCCGGAUACUUGCCCAACCCGUCAAGCUGUACCGGGUCUGCAUCUUUCAUGGUUUCCUGCAUCCACGCAGUCUGAUUCCUCUCUGCGUGGUCUCGCCAUGGCCACGUUCACCCGCCCUUACACUUCUCCUGAUCCAAGAACAGCUCCCACUUGAGGAACCGCGCGAAAUGGUAAACCCCCCCAGACUCAAGUCUCUUCAUUCUCUGAUUCAUCGCCGCCUGACCAAUAAUAGUAACCUUCACUCGUUCUGCACGGGAUGUCGUUAUUUUUCUUCGAAACCCGUGAUUCAGCUUCAUAGCAAUCAAGAACACAGUAAAAACUCUCAAUCGCACUUGGUCUAUAAGGUCUGUGAAAUUUUAUCAAAUCGGCGGAAACGGAGCGCGGAGCGAACUCUUUGAGCCCUAAGCUAAGACCCCACCAUGUCGCAAGGGUCAUUGAAAUCCAUAACGACACUGACAUAACUGUGCAGUUCUUCUAUUGGGUUUCCAAGAGGCAUUUUUACAAACACGAUAUCGCCUCUUAUGUGUCGAUGCUUAAUAGGCUACUGCGGGAGAAGAAGUUUGAACCAGCUGAUCAUGUCAAGAUUUUGAUGAUAAAAGAUUGCAGAAACAUCGAAGAAAUGAAUAGGGUAGUUGCGUAUUUGAACGAGAUAAGGGAAAAUGGUCUAGGACACGGUCUGUAUAGUUUUAAUACUCUGUUGAUUCAGUUAGGCAAAUUUGACAUGGUCAUGUCUGCUCAAAGAUUUUAUUGGGAAAUGCUAAACAAUGGCAUCCAACCAAAUUUGCUAACAUUCAACACAAUGAUAAAUAUAUUGUGUAAGCAAGGGAAGGUGAAGGAGGCUUAUUUGAUUUUGAGUCAAGUGUACGGGCAUGGGAUGCUUCCAGAUGUCUUCACAUACACAUCCCUCAUGCUUGGGCACUGCAGAAACAUGAACAUAGAUUCAGCUUUUCUGGUUUUUCAACAAAUGCUAAAUGAGAAUAUUCAUCCCAAUGCAGUAACUUACUCAACUCUCAUAAAUGGGCUUUGCAGCCAUGGGAGAGUUGAUGAAGCUUUAAAUAUGACCGAGAAAGAGAUUGAGCCGACUGUGUAUACUUACACGGUUACCCACCAAACUCUGAAACCUACAAUGCCCUCAAUUCACGGGUUUUGCUCAAUGGGAAACAUAGAGUGGGGAAUGAUUCUUUUGAAUGAAAUGCUAAAGUCAGGCCCCACACCGACAGUCAUCACAUACAAUGCACUCAUCAAAGGGUACCUUGAAGGUGGUUUAUUGGAGAACGCGGUUAGACUGUUGCAUUUGAUGAAGAGUUGCGGACUUAAACCAGAUGAGUGGACUUACGCAGAACUUGUCUUUGGUUUCUGCAAAAGAGGGAAGCUUGAUUCGGUCAUAGCUUUCUUUGAAGAAAUGAUCACACAAGGUUUGUGUCCAAACAAGAUAAAUUACACGACAUUAUAAUGCCAUUAUAAAUGGUUUAUCAAAAUCUAACCGAAGCAGAAACAAUGUGCAAUAAAUUAGCUGAGAGUGGUAUGGUCCCCAGUGUCAUUACUUACACAACAUUGAUUGAUGGGCUGUGUAAGAACGGCGAUACUGUAAAUGCAUUUAAGAUAUUCAGAGAAAUGGAAAAUAGGAAUUGCCCGCCCAACUUGUUUACUUAUAGUUCGCUCAUCCACGGUUUAUGCCUCAAAGGGCAGGCAUACGAAGCAGAGAUUCUACUCAAAGAAAUGGAGAUGAAGGGAUUGGUUCCUGAUCAUGUAACUUAUACCUCUUUAAUUGAUGGAUAUGUAGCUUUGGGUGGGUUAGAUCAUGCGUUCUUACUUUUCUCCAAGAUGAUUCAUAGUGGGUGCCAACCAAAUUAUAGAACCUAUAAUGUGCUUUUGAAGGGUUUGCAGAAUGGAAAGGAUUGUUAUAGUUUUGAUGUUUUGUGUAGUUUAUUGGACAGAAUGUCAGAAAGCAUAUGUGGGCCCAGUUUAGAUACAUACAACAAAUGUGCUGACUU